AUCACCAAACCCUGUCACUGUUUUUAGUUAUUAUCGUUGCUUAUUCGCUUGUUCAGAUUUCUCACUCCUGUGUUCUUUAAUUGCAGCUACUUUUUCUUUUCUGCUUCCCGGUUUAGCUCUAUUAUUCAAUUCAAUUCUCGUUGAUGAUACAAAGACCUCUUGCGUUGUGUUUCAGAAUUCCUUUUGUUUUGUUGGAUAAUUUCGACUUCAACUCUCUAGCUACUUCCCAAUGGCUGCUGCUUUUUCUUCUUCUCAGAAGAGCUAUGAUGUCUUCCUCAGUUUCAGAGGAGACGACACCCGCAACAAUUUCACUGCCCAUCUCCUUCAGGAGUUGCGCACCAAAGGAAUCAACACUUUCUUUGAUGAGGAUAAGCUCGAGAAAGGUCGAGUCAUAUCCCCCGCACUCAUUACAGCUAUUGAAAACUCCAUGUUUUCUAUCAUUGUUUUGUCGGAAAACUAUGCAUCUUCUAGGUGGUGCUUGGAGGACAUGGUCAAGAUACUAGAAUGCAAUAGAUCCAAGGAGGAGAGGGUUCUACCAAUUUUCUACAACGUGGAUCCAUCAGAUGUGCGGAAUCACAUGGGAAAAUUUGGAGAAGCCUUGGCUAAACAUGAAGGGAAUUUGGAGGAGAACGGGGAGAGGGUGAAAAUUUGGAGGGACGCUCUGACUGAAGUUGCAAAUUUAUCUGGCUGGGAUUCAAGGAACAAGAAUGAGCCUCUGCUAAUAAAAGAAAUCGUUAUGAAACUUUUGAAGAAGUUGUUAAAUACAUCGACAAGUGAUACUGAAGAGAACCUGGUUGGAAUACAGUCCCGCAUUCAAAAACUGAGAAUGCUAUUGUGUUUGCAAUCAGAUGAUGUUCGGAUGGUAGGAAUUUGUGGUAUGGGCGGAAUAGGGAAAACAACCCUUGCUAGAGCUAUUUAUAGCCAAGUUUCUAACCAAUUUGAAGCUUGCUCCUUUCUUGAAAUUGCAAAUGAUUUCAAAGAGCAGGAUUUAACUAGUUUAGCAGAGAAACUUCUUUCUCAAUUAUUGGAGGAAGAAAAUCUCAAAAUAAAAGGAUCCACUUCUAUAAAAGCAAGGCUCCACUCAAGAAAGGUCCUUGUUGUUCUUGAUAAUGUGAAUAAUCUAACAAUAUUGGAACAUUUAGCUAGAAAUCAAGAUUGGUUUGGUCAAGGGAGUAGAAUUAUCGUAACUACUCGGGAUCAACGUUUGUUAAUUCAACAUAAAGUUGAUUAUUAUGAAGUUGCAGAAUUUAAUGGUGAUGAAGCAUUUGAGUUCCUCAAACAUCAUUCGUUAAAAUAUGAACUUCUUGAAAAUGAUUUACAGGAGCUUUCAAGAGAAAUAAUAUUUUAUGCUAAAGGCCUUCCAUUGGCUCUUAGAGUUUUAGGUUCUCUUUUAUUUGGCAUGAACAAAGACGAGUGGAGAGAUUACUUGGUCAAACUAAAAAGUACUCCUAAUAUAGAAAUUCAGGAAGUACUUAGAUUAAGUUACGAUAGGCCAGAUGAUGAAGAGAAAAAUAUAUUUUUGGAUAUUGCAUGUUUCUUUAAAGGAGAGGACAAAGAUCAUGUGGUGGAAAUACUAAAGGGUUGUGGCUUCUCUGCAAAAUGUGGAAUAAAAACUCUCAUUAACAAGUCUCUCAUAACUAUUAAUUUUGCUAACAAGUUGGAGAUGCAUGACUUAAUACAAGAAAUGGGUAAGGGUAUUGUUCGCCAAGAAUGUCCAAAAGAGCCUGAAAGACAAAGUAGAUUGUGGGAACAUGAAGAUAUCUUUGAUGUGUUGAAAAGAAAUAUGGUAAGAGAAAAAUAAAACACGAAAUUUAUUUUGUGUAGAACAAAUUAAGAAUUAUUUUAUUUUAAGUAG